AUGAUGGGCAUCAUGCCGUCGCUACGCUCUCUAGCCUCCAGUCGCCGGUCAACGCUCUUCGCUGCUCGCACUGUUGCUGGAUCUGCUAAAGUUCGGGAUCCAGCUCUUUUGCAUUCGUAUGGUGAUGGCUUUCUCGGUGCGCUGGGUACUGGAAGUUACGAAAACGUGUUGACGCCCACGCCAUUACCGACGACAACGGAUCUGUCGGUCAAGGAGAUUUCUGUUGGCUGGGCUCACGCUGGCUUUGUUACACAUGCUGGAGACGCCUAUGUGUUUGGACGCACGCACUCGUUUCGUGACGUAAUUCGCACGACGAACAUGCAGCGCGUUCUUCCAAAGCUCGUGGGUUGGAUGAACAGCUUCACGUAUGCACGUAGAGUAGACACGUUGGAGCCGAUGCUGCUGGAUCUGCCGGAGGGAGAACGAGUCAAGACGAUCGUGUGUUCUACGGCGUUGACGUUCUUGUUGACGGAGAGUGGCAAACUGUUUACGCUGGGUGCCAAUGGCUAUGGCCAGUGCGGUAUCGGCGAGGAGAGUGUCAGUGUGCAGCUGCCGACGCACGUGAAUAUCGACGGUGAUGAGAUUGUCGACAUCGCUGCGGGAUACCAGCAUGGACUUGCGGUGACAAAAGCUGGAACGGUUUUCACGUGGGGUAAGGGCGAACGUGGUCAACUUGGGUACGGCACGGGGAACACCGAUGCACCGCAAGAACUGAUUGCACUAAAGGGCAAGAAGAUCGUCAAAGUGGGUGCUGGCUUCAGUCACUCGUGCGCUCUUGGAGAGGAUGGCGAGUUGUACAUGUGGGGUAAAUUGCUAAACCCGGAGGGUAAAGCUGUAAGCAACGGCGACCAAGUUGUCCCGCGGCUGGUGAAAACUAGCGAUGAUGUGAGGCUGUUUAAGUGCAGCCAAUUCCACACAACUUUCAUCACAGCUGACGACAAGAUCUGGCUAGCAGGGCGGACGCCAUCAGGCCGUCAGCGAAGUAAUGAUUUGGCUCACGUUACAUCGCAGAUGCACACGACACCAAUUCAGAUUACCAAUGACGACGUUGUCUUUGCGAAGGAUAUUGUGAAAAUUGGCAAGGGCGUUGACAAGUCGUCUUUCGUUACAGCUGAUGGUCGAGCGUACGAAUGGAACUUUGAGUCUGGAAUUCACAAAAUGGAAGAGCUUGGUGGUUUGCAGGUGAUGUCAUUAGAGAGUGGCUUUCACUACCGUCUCCUCUUGGCAAACCCGACGAAGUAG